CAAUUCGCAAAUAUGAUCUUGUCGAUGACUUCCAAUUAGUCAAGGAAAUGAGAGGUAGCAAAUUCAUCACGUAACUUUUUUUUUUUUUUUAAGCUUCCUUGGAGGUCUCGUUUGUUCCAAUGUAUGUAUAGUAAUAAAAAAAGAAAGAUCGUCUUCUUCAGAGUUGACUGGUGCAAGACUUUUAUUAGUAGAGUAGAGAAGCAAUGCGUAUGAAAUAGGAGACCGAAAAAAAAAAAAGAGCGCAGUGCAGCGCGUGGAAUUUGGAAGGUGAGAGGGGGAGACAGAGAAAAGGAGUGAGUGAGAGUGAGCUGGGAGAGUGCGAGUACGUAAGGGAGGUGGAGCCCACCACCCAUGUGCCCUCCGCCUGUCUCCACCAGCUCCUGCCCUCAAUCAUUACCGCUCUCUCUUCUCCUCCCCUCAACUCAACUCAACUCAACUCUUCUCUUCUCUUCUCCACUCUCAAUUUCUUCCCAAUUUCCACUCCUCUAAACCCUAGCUUCCGCUGCCACUGAUUCCCCCUUUCUGUUGUUCUUUACCAUGUCUACGUCGGCAGCUGACGGGACCAACGGACCCAUUGUCGAUCCUUCCCAGCGGCACCUCCAGCUCCAGACAGUACCCGCCGCCUCCGCCCCUGUCAAGAAACCCCCCGCCAAGGACCGCCACAGCAAGGUCGACGGCCGAGGCCGCCGCAUCCGCAUGCCUAUCAUCUGCGCCGCCAGGGUCUUCCAGCUCACCCGGGAGCUAGGGCACAAGUCCGACGGUCAGACCAUCGAGUGGCUCCUCCGCCAGGCCGAGCCUUCCAUUAUCGCCGCCACCGGCACCGGCACUACUCCCGCCAGCUUCUCCACCGUUUCCCCCUCCGCCCGCAAUUCCUCCUCCUCCUCCUCUAUCUCCGCAGCGCUCGACCAUAAGCCCCUCGCCCAUUCCCUCCUUACCCCCACUCCCUUCAUUCUCGGCAAGCGACUCCGCCCCGACGAUGACGAACACCACCAGCACCUCUCCAAGGAUGACGUCACCUCUGUUUCCGCUUCUGUAGGCCCCACCGUCGCUGCUGGAGGCUUCUGGGCUCUACCCGCCCGAACCGAUUUUGGCCAAGUCUGGAGCUUUGCUGCUCCUCCUGAAAUGGUCGUUGCAGCUUCAAAUAAUUCCCAUCAUCAUCACCAGCAGCAGCACCAACAACAACAACAUUCAGCUUCUUUGAGGUUUCUACAACAACAUCAGCCGUUGGGAAUUGGGGAGGCCUCCGCAGCGAGGGUCGGAAAUUACUUGCCCAUUGCUCAAGUACAGGGUCAUCACCUCAAUUUGCUUGCAUCCCUCUCCGGCCCUCCCCCUCAGUCGUCCGAACAACGAAGGGAUGAUGAUGCCAACUGAACAUCACAACCUAAUCUUGCCGUCUGUAGCGCUGAUGCUGUUGUUGUUUGAUCUUGCUAAUGAAUGAUUCGCCCACUGUCAGUAUUGCAUAUGAAUUUGUACCCUAAGUCCUCAUAAGUUGUGCUGCUUUUGGUUGGUUGCUUGCUUGUGUUUUUGAAGGACAUGACAGACAACUCCUCCUCUCCUUUUAUCACCUCCUAGCACUAGCCGACACAGAAUUACGGUGUCUGCUUCUGUUAAUUUCGUUGUGGUUUUCUUGUUCGUGAAGCUGGUAUUGAUAAGUUCUAUAUCCAGUGCUUGUAUUUAGAAUUCAGAGUGCUGUUUGUAGCUGUUGUUUGCUUGAUUCAGAUACCCAAUUCGUGUAAGAUUGUAGACAAUAAAGGAAAUUGUUUCGCACUUUUA